AUGGACUCCUCCUCCCAGCCCACGCCCACAACCUCCCCCUUCGUCCGCUCCCUCCUCGCCGGAGGUCUCGCCGGCACCGCAGUAGACCUCUCCCUCUUCCCGCUCGACACGCUCAAAACCCGCCUCCAAUCCGCCGGCGGCUUCUUCGCAAACGGCGGCUGGCACGGCGUCUACAAGGGAGUCGGCAGCGUCAUCGCCGGGUCGGCGCCCGGCGCAGCCCUCUUCUUCGUCACCUACGAGGGCGUGAAAGCGCACCUGUCGCCCGACGGCAAGCCGGGCACCUCGACGCACCACAUGAUCGCGGCAUCGCUCGGCGAGGUUGCGGCGUGCUCGGUGAGGGUGCCGACGGAGGUCGUAAAGCAGCGCGCGCAGGCGUCUCAGUUCCCAAGCUCGUGGGCGGCGCUGAGACACACGUUUACCGCCAAUCAGAGCCCUGUGAGGAUCUGGGCGGAACUGUACAGAGGGUGGGGCGUCACGGUCAUGAGGGAGAUCCCGUUCACGGUGAUACAGUUCCCGCUGUGGGAGGCCAUGAAGGAGUGGAGAGGGAGACAGAAGGGCAGGAGGUGCAAUCCGGGAGAGAGUGCGGUCUUUGGGAGUGCCAGUGGUGCGGUUGCGGCAGCGCUGACAACACCGCUGGAUGUGCUGAAGACAAGAUUGAUGUUGGCAAAAGAGAAACAAUCUGCGGUCUCGACGUUCAAGGGAAUCGUCAGGGAAGAGGGAGUCUCAGCACUGUUCAAGGGGAUCGGCCCAAGAGUUCUCUGGAUCUCCAUUGGAGGGGCUAUCUUUCUGGGGGCCUUUGACUCUGCAAAGGUUGCCUUGGAAAGAUUCUAG